GGUUUUGCGAAGGGAACGAUAUUAAAAAUUUUCUCAGGAAAAUCACUACCUCCUUUAACCACUUUUGGCAAAAAAUUCCCCGUCGUCAGCCUUCGAGAGGACGCGUUUUUCGAGGCGUUUCAAAACUAAGGAGAAGAGAGAGAGGGGGGCAGAAGUCGGCUUGUUUAUCCGCGUCACGUGACGGCGACGAAGACGCCCUCCGAUGGCCGCGAAACUCGUCGCCGGCGAUAAACCGCGUAGUGCGGAUUCGUUCCCCGCGUGAGAAAGGAUCAACGAUAUCGGGAGAUUGCGGGGCAAUUAAGGGAGAUUAAUUCCGGGACCAGGGGAUGGCGGCGGGCGUGCUCCCGCCUCUGUUUGCGACCGGUAAUCGGCACGAUUGAAUAAUUUAUUAAUACUCCGGGGUCAUCGCGGGAGGUUAAUCGCAAUGUCCACGCCAGACACGAUGGACACCAUUAACGAAGCGGAGCAAGCGUGGCAUGAGAUGCUGGAGUGCGAGACCGGCUCGCUGCUGGGGCGAGUCGCCGACCUGGAGAGGCAGUCCCUGGCGCAGAGGGACGAGAUCGUUUGUCUUCGGGCCACACUGGCCGACGCUCUCAGGCGGAUCGCCCAGCUAGAGGGCCGCGAGAAAAGGGAGGACGAGAGGAACGAGAGGAGGACCGAGAGAGCGGCCUCGUCGCCCAUGAGGAAUGGUCACGUACAGCUCAGAAACCCACAAAGCCCCGGAUCGCAGAAGGACCUGCGUCUGCGGCAGACGGGGACCACCGGCUUCAGGAAUUCCUCCGCCGGAUCUACCCAGGACGUUAGAGAUGCGAAUUCCAGUCCCAGGAGGCCGAUAAGUUAUACUCCACCCUCUCAACUACCUCAGAGAUCCGUCGAUCGAAGAUCGGUCCACUACCAGUCGACGGGUUCCCUGCACUCGGACAGCCCUAGCAGCAGCAGCGUCUCCCCGGUACCGUCCCCCAGUCCCAGGGCGACGCCACUACCCGUCACGAGGUCACCGACCGCGAGGACCAACGGACCACCGCAGAGCAGUCUCCGCAGGGCGAAGAGAUGGUCGUCCACCGGGGACUUCACGCAUUCCCCGCAAUCGGCCGGCGGUAACUCGCAAUUGGUCGGCUCUAGAUUGUCGGCCUCCACCAAGUCCCUGUUCAACCUCUUCAAGCCUCAGGCGCUGAGCAACGUCAAACACGGCACCAGAGACAUGCAGUACAACGAGGAAGACGGCACCGUCCGCAUGUACCUCCGCGGCAGGCCGGUCCUCCUCUACGCCCCGACCCCCGCCCUGGAGACCUACGAUCUUCACAAAGUCAGCAUCCCGCCCCAUAGUAAGCUCAAGCUCGACUGGGUAUACGGGUACAGAGGGCGAGACUGCAGGAGCAAUCUCCAUCUCCUGCCCACCGGCGAGAUCGUCUACUUCGUGGCCGCCGUGGUCGUCCUCUACAACCUCGAGGAGCAUUGCCAAAGACACUACCUCGGACACACGGACGACAUCAAGAGCAUCGCCAUACAUCCAAAUAAACUAGUGAUAGCGACCGGUCAGGUUUCUGGGACGGAUCGGCGGGAUUCCAUGCCUCACAUCCGCAUCUGGAAUUCCGUCAGCUUGACGACCUUGAGCGUGAUCGGCACCGGCGAGUUCGACGGUUCGAUUUGUUGCCUCUCGUUCUCCAAAGCCGACGGAGGGAACUUCCUCUGCGCCAUCGACGAGACGGCGGAUCAUAAUAUCUCGAUCUGGGACUGGCAGAAGGGCGACCGAGGCGUCAAAGUGACGGAAACUAAGUGCUCGGUGGAUACGGUGGUCUGCGCGGAAUGGCAUCCGCUGGAACGAAACCAGAUCGUGUCCUGCGGAAAGGGCCACGUGUCCUUCUGGUCCCUCGACAACGGCGGGAUGCUCUACAAGCGAAUGGGCAUCUUCGAGAACCGGGACAAGCCGAGAUACGUAACUUGCGUGGCCUUCAACCAAAACGGCGAUGUGCUCACCGGCGACAGCAAUGGGAACAUCAUUGUUUGGGCCAGAGGCACCACUACGAUCGCCAGACUGGUGAGGAACCUUCACGAGGGCUCCAUCUUCUCGAUUUGCGUGCUGAAGAAUGGUAACGUCGUCACCGGUGGCGGCAAGGACGGCAGAAUUCUGUAUUUCGAUUCGGGCCUUAACGCAACUGGAGAAGAAGCUCAGAUCGAAGAUCAUUUCGGAGGUAUCAGGACGGUGUCCGAGGGCAGGGGAUCCCAGCUGCUCGUUGGCACGACCAGAAAUUGCAUUCUGGUCGGAGAUCUGGAGAUGGGAUUCAAUCCAGCUAUGUUAGGUCAUGCCGAAGAAGUCUGGGGUCUGGCUGCGCAUCCGACUUUGCCCCAGUUUGCGACUGCUGGGCACGACCGGCUCCUACAAAUGUGGGACAGCCUCAGUCAUACCGUCGUCUGGAGCAAGGACAUUGGGGAACAAGCGCAGAGCGUUUGCUUUUCUCCAGACGGAGCCAUCAUGGUGGUUGGAUGCGUUUCGGGAAAAUGGCUGGCGAUAGACAGCGAGACUCGAGAACUUUACACCCAUCAUUCGGAUGGUUCGGAGGCCCUCCAGGUGGUUAGAUUCUCCCCGGAUGGAUCUCUGCUCGCGGUUGGCUCCAGAGACAAUUACAUAUACAUUUAUCAAGUCAACGAGGAUGCAACUAAGUACAGUCGCGUUGGCAGAUGCAUGGGACAUUCUAGCUUCAUAACGCACUUGGACUGGUCCGUGGAUGGUACAUGCUUAAGAAGCAACAGUGGAGACUACGAGUUACUUUAUUGGAAUCCUGGAGUGUGUCGACAGAUUCCUCAGUCCUCGAUGUUAAGAGACACCGACUGGGCGACGCAUACAUGUGUCAUAUCUUUCGAGACUAUUGGCGUGUGGCCAGAGGGUGCUGAUGGGACGGACAUAAAUAAUUGCACCCGCAGCGGAGAUGGCAAGCUUUUAGCCACCGGAGACGACUUUGGCAAAGUCAAGCUCUUCACGUACCCGGCUUGCCAGCCCAAGUCCUUGUUCCACGUCUACGGGGGACACUCGAGCCACGUAACGAACGUCUCCUUUCUUCAAGACGACACUCGACUCGUUUCCAUCGGCGGAGGCGACACCAGCGUUCUCCAGUGGGUCGUCAACUAAGGGACGACUGCCUGGACUCAAAAGUGCACUUCAACAAAAAUUUCCUUAAUUGCUUUAUAGCUCGAAAAGAAAUGAGGAGGAAUAAGGAGAUACGGAUGUAGUUCAUAGCGUGGAGCUUGUAAUGACUUCACGAUCGGCGACCGAGUAGGAGCGUUUCCAGGAGGACUGUGCUCUCUUGCAUUUAACGCUUUGAAAAAGAUGCACUUAUAUGAAGAUACGGCAAUAUUUUAACAUGCCGAAUGCACGCGACCGUUUCACAACACGUUCCUACUGUCUUUGAUGGUUGUCAGUGUGCCAGACCUCCUGUCGAGGCGAGCUAAGGGCGAAAUGAAGACGGUGCGAAGUCAGGAUCAGCGAAAUCGAGUGUUCAUUUGCCGAAGACGAUCCGUACCAAAAUGCCGUCCAUAGAAAGUAAUCGACAGUAGUUAGGAGUUUCCGGUCGAUCAAAGAACUUUGCGUUCCGUUGGCAAGAGAUGUUCGCCUUCUGCCGGUAUCCGUUACCGGCGAUUCGACUUGCCGCACCUAGGUCAUCAUGGAAGCAGGUCGGUCUUUCGGGGUAACAUUGUGUGUGUACAUAAAAAAAAAUGUAAAAGCGCGCGACUCUUUUUUUUUCCUUUCGUCGGAAAAGCGCAUCUUUUUGUUUUCUCUUGGUACGAAUGAUUUACCAAAGUGUGGCAGGAGCAAUCGUGUUACUUUUACCCUUCCUUUCAUCCGUGUAAGAUACAUAUAUUUUAUUUAUGUCAUACAAGAUGUAUUCGUGUAACUUUUCGACCAAUAAACGGUCAUGAAGACUA